UUUACCCAAGUAUAUAAAAAAUUCAUUUUACUUUCAACUUGUCUCUAAACUUAUUAUUUUUUAUGAUCAUCAAAAAAACUAUCUGCUUUUUAAACCGAAUAAUUUUUUUAAUCUCAUAAUCUUUAGUCACCAAUGGUAUGGGUAUUAUAUUCUCAAGUUCAACACAUGAAAAAAAUUUUUCUCGACAUUCAAGACUACUCUAAAUCAAGCAGUUCAAUUAUGAUGACAAGACAUUCUUUUAAAGAAGCAGGUCAAAAAUGAAAAUACUUUGCAAGAUUGAAAUAUAAGCUUGACAAUAAUUGUACGAUAGCAUAUCUGAUGAAAUAAUAUAUGUACAUGAUAGAAAAGUUAGAACAUUUUUUUAUUUCUUACAACAAGCUUAAUUGAAAGACACGGUUACUUUUGUGAAUUAAUUAAUAAAAUUGUUUAUUAGCAUGAUAAAAUAAAAUUUACAUUUUUUUAAUCUGACAGACGAAAUAUUAUAUUCCUCCUACUCAAAUUGCAUACAAACAAUCGUAUUUUAGAUGUGACUGACAAGCAAAACUUUGCAUUGAAAUAUAUAAACUAUCUUUAUUAUACGUGGGUAACAUGAUAAAACAAUGCAUCAUACCAGAGUAUUCUUCCUGAAGCCCGAAGCACGUUUUGCAUUGAGGUUUAUUUACAGUUGCAUUCGUUAAUUGUUACACACUGUGGUUUCUUAUCCGUACUACAAUAAACGUUUCUACUUCAUAUUAGAACUCUAUCAGAUAUAAAAAAGAUCGUGACACGAUUUCAUUAAAAAUCACGGUGCUAUGUAAAAUAAAUAAAAUAAAAAUUCAAUAAGAUAACGAUCGUGCUAAUUACUUUUUUUAAACUAUAAAUAUCGUUGUACAGUAGUAUAUUUUGAUCAGUGUGCUCAUAAAUUUUUUCAAGAUGCAGUUCGCUGCAAUAUUUAUUAUUGCAUAUCUUUGUGUCAGUUUUUCUUCGGCAGCCCCUUUAGGUAGUGAAGCUGAUUUUAAUUUUAACGCUGGUUCUUCGACAUCAGAUAGUAUAGAUCCUCAGAAAAAUUAUAAUGAAGAGCCUCAAGAUAGUUCAGAACCUUUUCGUAUGUCUUUAGGUCCAAGUUCUGAUAAAUCUACUGAUUGUAAAUCUGAGUCAUUCCUUUUAAAAGUCACUCCGGCCAGUUGUCACCAACCAGAAAAGAGACAGAUAGCAAAUGAAACUCCGAAUGUCGGGGGGAUAUUAGCUUUGGGAAAUGAUUCUAAUAAAAAAAUGAGAUUUAUAGUAGAAAUACAGCACUUAGAAGAUGUAGCGCCUGAUAAAAUAGAUACUGAAAGAAUUGAAGAAAAAUCUGUUGAAGUAGUUACUAAAAAAUACUCUGGAGAUGAUGAAUCAGUAGAAACUAAGACUGAAAUUCCUGAAGAUCAUGAUCAACCAAUAGUUACCGAUGAAAGUACGUCUGAAACUCCAGCGAUUGAUUCAAUAAAAGCAGUUGCCUCGCACAAUAUUAAGUUAGAAGGUCUCCAGCCAUUAGUAGAGAAUUUGCAGCGCAUAUUUGAUGACAUGUUGACGUGCCUGUCAAAAAACAAAAAUAGUGAAACAAGUGAAGAAAAUAGUGAACAAAAAUAGUGAUUUGUUAAAUAUAGAAAACGUUUAGAUUUUAUAAAAUUAAAUACAGAUGUUUUCAAUGAACAUCUGUUACGAUAACUUGUAAAAAAGAACACGUGAUAUUUAUAAUAAAUAAUCAAAUUCAA